AUGUCAGGCUUCACUCAGAAGCCCGGGCUGCACCACAGCGUGUCUGACUGGCACAGUAACAACCAGCAGCUGUCUGCUGCGGCUCGGCAGGAGCGGCAGGCGGCGAGGGAGGUGAAGCGGGAGGCCCGGUCGCUCCGUGACCUCACCAGCUGCCAGACGGUGUGGGAUGAGAGCGAGACCCGUCGCAGGCUCAGCGACCGCGUCUGGGACGUCACCCGGUGGAAGGAAGCGCUGGAAGCCUGUGCCCAGGAGGUGGACAAGGAGAUGGAGGCACUGACUCUGUCCAAACAGCAGAGCGAGGAGGCCUUGGCCGCGACCUCCGUGGACCUGGAGGUCACCGCCGAGUGCCUGGCGCUGAGGGAGGGGCGGCGAGAGCUCGAGCUGGUCGCCGACCGCGUGGAGGAGGAGCUGAAGACGGAGGCGGCACUGAUCCAGAGAGUCCGGCAGGACCUGCAGCGCCACAUCGACCGGGCCUUCGAGCAGCUGUGCAUCCUGCAGGAGGCCCGGCACCAGCUCACCGCCGACCUGCAGAACAAGAUGGAGGCCCUGGACAUCGACCUGUCCUGCCUGUCUCUCACCACCCAGUCGCCUCAGAUCUCCCUGAAGACCGACCCGACCCGGAUCCCACCCGGCUCCUCCACGCCGCAGGAGUGGGUCCAGUUCAGCCAGCGCAACGCCACCGUCUCCCAGGAGGCCGUGCAGGCGUCCCAGCAGCUGAGGGAGGACAUGAGUCUCAGCAGAGCCCAGCUGCAGAACGAGAUGGAGACUCAGCACAGAGCCACCGGCUUUGCUCUCCGCAAACGCAGCCACCACGAAGAGCAGGCGGCACGGGAACUGCAGUGGCAGAUAAAAAAGACCGAGGAUGAAAUGGCAGAGAUGGAGAGCGACAUCCACAACCUGGACGCAGAUUUCCAGGCCAAGGCCGCCUGCCUGAAGCUGGCCCACACCCGGCUGGAGACCAGGACCCGCAGAGCCGGCGCCGACCUGUGCAGGGACCAGGUGCAGCACGGCCUCGUUGCUGAGGUCCAACAGCUGGAGGCCACGAGCCUGAAUCUGAAGCUGCAGCUGUCCCAGAAUCAAGGAUCUCUUCAGAGGAUGGCGCUUCAUCGCUCUCGCUUGCUGCAGGAUCUCUCCAGGAAACAGGAAGCACUGUCUCUGGAAGAGCGAAGCCUUGCUGUCCGGACCCGCCUCACGCCAGCCUCCGGAACCGCCUCCGGAUCUGCCUCCGGAACCGCCUACGGACCCGCCGCCAGAACCGGCCCACUGCUGCUCAUGAACUCCAGUGGGCGGAGCCAUGGCAACCUGCUGGCUCAGUGAGAGGAUGGUCCGGCGCUGGUGAGAGGAAGUGAUCUGGUCCCUCUCAUAAACCCCCCCCCCCCCCGACCUGGAUGGACCCGUCUGUUGUUUCUGUUCUUUAAUUAAAUAUUUAUUCAGUCCCACUAUAAACACGUGUUUUUGUUAAAUUCCCACGUAAAAGCGCUCGUCAUGUCUUAUCGACCUUUGUGUUAAUGGCCUUGUUUGGCUCCGUCCUGUUGGAUCAGCUGACAUCCGGAGUAUAAAGGUGGCAAUCAAGACCUGAACUUUGGCUCUGGUCCUGAUAAAGAUGGGAUGGACCCGGUUUCUAGGACUACGGAGCUCCCCGGACCCGCUUCGUUAGUAGGAACUAGAUCGGCUCAGUUCUGCUCGGUUUUAUUGGUACCUGAAGGCCGGUCCCAGUAGAUCGGUCCCAGGAGGCCGGUCCUAGGAGACCUGUCCCACCGAUCCCGGAAGACCGGUCGCAGGAGAUUCAGGAGGCGGUCCCAGGUCACUAUCAGGGACAAAAUGAGUGUUUAAUUACGAUAAUGUUGGUGAC